AUUUUUGACGUAAAAAUAAAUAAAAUCGUAAAAAGACAAAAGAACCUGGCUUUGGGAGCUCUGUUGAUGAUAAUAAUGUAGUAGUCAUUGAUUUGAUAUAUUAAUCGAAUGUAUUAUUUCAUAACAACCCUUUUAAAAGACAUUCUCUUUGAUGUUGCUUAGCAACGAGAAAUAUACACAUUAGCGCAAUCACAAUAUGUCAGACAUUGUUGGCAAAAUUCCUAUAAAAUCAAAUACUCGGACAGGGAGAUGUGAUAAUAUAAUAUCAGUGCCUGUAAUCAAGUGACAAUAAAUUAAAAUUUACUGUUUAUCAUUUACAUUUUGAAAAAAACAAUUAGAAAAUAAAUAGAGAAUCAGUUAUGGCUUGUAAAACAUCAUUCGAACUUCACCACAAUUUUCCAAAACUAGCAGAAGAAACUGGAUUCACAUUUAACUUACAUAAGCCACGAGUUCAUAUUAAUUGGAACAAAAUAAAACUUAUCGACAUUGAACAUUUAAUAAGAGACAGAAAAUUUGUUUUGGUUGAACAACACAUCAAUGAUAUUUUAGAUUGUGUGCUUGAAUCAGAAUUUGAUGUGAGGAUUCUUGAUGAAGGUGUUUUGAAGAUAUUUCGUUUAGCACAACUGGCAGUCGAGUAUCAGCAGUUUUGUCGACAUUACCUGGACCGUAGUGUUUUUAUUCUUAAAGAAGAAGUUACUAAUUUGCUACAGGAGCUUGAUGAAACAAAACAAAAACUCAGGGAAAAAGAAGAGGAAAACAGAAAAUUAAAACGAAAAUCAAAACAUUCCAUUCGGACCCCUUUACCUUAUGGCAAUGAGAAUAUAGCUUCAAUGAUUUUGAAAACACUAAAUCAGAAUAAAGGAGAAUUAUUUGCGUCUACGUCACAAAUAGAUUCAAUGCAAUACAAUAAAUGUAAUUAUUGUGAAAAGGUGUUUUUGAAUCAACUUUAUUUAAAAAGUCAUAUAUCCAGACGACAUGCUAAUGUUCUUGAAAUACCCCAAAGAGAUACGACUGAAGGAGAGGUAAAUAAUGGCACCAAUACAAAAUUAGCUAACGAAGUUGAUGAGCUAAAAACGAAGCUAAAACAAAUGGAAGAUCUCAUUGCAAGCAAAUACAAUCAUGACACCCAAACCUCUAUUGAUGAGAUUUCGCAGCUGCCUACUGCUAAAAAUGAUGAAGUUAUUAGUGAUAACAAACGCACAAAGGAAUUGAAAGACGCUGAAGUUUCAACGAACGAGGAUGGUUAUAUACUUGAUAAAAUUGAGGAAUGGAAGAAUGAAGUACAUCAAAAAUACAACGAAGAACUGAGUUUAUUGCGAAAACAAAUAAUAGAAAUCAUGAGUACUAAAGAAAAACAAGAUAGCACGUCUGUGCAUACUGAUAUAAAUAUGAUGGAGCAAUUACAUGCUACUAUAAAACAGCAAGGAAGUGAAAUAUUAGUAUUGAAACAAGAACUAGUUAAAGAAAAAAGUAGUGAAAAAGAAAAACGAACGAAAAUUGAAGAGCAAAUGGAGUUUUGGAUUAAACGAGCUGAAAUGCAAUCUAACGAAUGUAAAUCAUUGUUACAAAAGCUAAACGAUGUUGCAAAUGAGGCACGAGAAUUUCAACUUAAGGCAAGCACAGAGAACGAAAGAGCGAAUCGGUUAGAAAAAUUGUUACAGAAUCAACUUAACAAAAUAUCACCAAAACAAUCAGAUAUGGUAAAUGAACAAAAUGUUUCAAAACAGAUUAAAGAGGCCCAUACAAAAAGAGAAUUGAAGACUACAAAAGACGUGCAAAUAAAACCAACGGCAGACUUUAUGACUCUGAAAAAGCUGCAGCAAAAAGCACAAGAACUACUAAAUAUCGAUCAAACAACCACUUCUGACAGUUCGAGUGCAAAUGAAGACAUUGACAGAAUUGAACAGGCAAAAAAAAGAUCAGAACAUGAAGCUGACGUUAAAAAGAAAAAAAUACAUGAAAAAGUAAAUAACAAAGAUAUCGCCAAACCUAAGUCUAAAACUACUUUACAGAAUUUAGAUCAAGUGGAACCAGUUAAAAGUAAAUAUAUGGAAAAGAAACAAUUAAAUAUUAAAUCUAAAUCCGCAGUAAAUACAACAUCGAAGAGAGGAAACGGCUACGUUUAUGUUCCCGGCAGUCCACUAAAAAUUGUAAGAGCAAAAAUAACUGAAGAGGUUAAUCAUCGCUUAGUUUCUCUCGGAGUGGAUCCGCUUAGCAGCAGAUUGCCCCAACACAUAUUUCAGAAACAACGGAAGCUAUUGCAAGAGCAACAAGAGAGCAAAUCUAAGAAAUGGCCUUCACGUGAAAAGGUACUGCAUUCUAUAAUGUGCCAUUUGGAUCAAAAUACAAGCAGUACAAACUCGAUUCAACGAAAUGAUUACUUCUCGCCAAAUAAGUCUCACAAAAGUUUCAGUCUCUCUUCAGUUUUAUCAAAUGUCAAAACGAAGGCUUUAUCACUAGUUAAAUCUAAUGAGCCGAGUAUUAAACCAAAUAAGACGUACGAUGACGUAGCAAAAAAAGCAAUGGCUUUGCUGAAAACUCCGCCAGGGUCUGCUCAAUCUAGCCCUUUAUUACUACGUCGUACUAAUAUUGAUUCACCUGAAAAAAAGCCUUAUGUUUUGAAAAGUAAGAAUGCUCGAUACCAGUCUUCUAAAAUAAAAACAAAGAACGAGCCAGCAGAGACUAAUCAAAUUACUGAUUCUAGUAACGAAAAUUAUUCUGAAAAUGAUGAGCAGGAUAAAUAUCAGCAGUCAUCAAAAACUGGCAAGGACCUCUUCGUAUCUCCUGAACAUCAUUCUAUAGAUAAUAUCGAUAGCCGUAACUCUGCCAGUCAAAAACGGAAUUUCCUCCACGAAAAUGGAUUGAAAUCAGAAGCAAUAAAUGUAACCACAAAAACAUUUUUAGAUAGUAAAGACAAUAGCAGUGACGACGUUGAAUCUAUAGUUGAUAUUACAUCACCAAGAAAAUUUACAUCUGAGGAAAAUCUCAAUAAUCCCAAACAAACAAAGGGAGUUUUAAAAAAUGCAUCUUCUUCGUCUUCCCUUAAUAAGAAGAAGGUUUUGUUUGAUAUGGAUGCGAUACAAAUGAAGUCAGUGAGUGCAUCUCCAUCGCAAAGUAUAACAGAGAAAAGUGACAGUAACGAAAAGAAAUAUGAAACGGGUAUAGUUAAUUUAGAUACUGAGGAAUGGGAUAUAUCAAGCAUAGAAAACGAACCUGUAAGAACUAUCGGAAUCAAGACUCAUAGUUUUUCCCAUACAAGCCCAAAAAUUGCUGAAUUAAAAAAAACAAUAGAAUCACAACUAACACGACGCAAUCCAACGCUUUCCACGGCGCUAGUAGGAGGAGUUGAUGUUUUAGCUGCUCCAAUACAAAAAGCAGCAAGCCAUGGAGGCAGUAACACUAGUCUCGGCAGUUCGAUCCUAGACGAUACAGACAGCGGACUUCUCGAUCAAAAGACAGUCGUCAAACCAAGGGCAGCAUUUGAAAAAGACGACAGCGAAAUAGAAACAUCAGAUUUAAUUGAUAAUAAAAUAGUGAAUAAGAAAUAUUGAAAUCAUUGGCUAGGCGGAUAAGCAAAAUAUAAUACCUGAAUAACAUAAUUAAGUGAAAUACACUAGGUACAUGCUUAUUAAUUGAAGCUAUUGCUUAAUAUACAUAUUAUAAAAAUAGCUACUUACAUCUUUUAUUUAUU